AUGUCCGAGGCACACCUAAGAGCGAUCUCCUCCCUCCUGUCGAGGGGAUCCCGAAACUUCCAGGAAGAUAGUCUCCUUGCGAGGUUUGUCCAGGACACUCCGCACCGGUCAUCCUUUGUGAGACGGACGAAGACCAGGGAAAAUGUCGAGGAUCGAACGAAUCUCAAGGAGUUCACCUACUGCUGUGGCAAGACAUGCGUAUUGGAGAGAGGGGUUCCUAUGAAUCCUAUCCACCCUGAUGUAGAGAACCUUCAAGUCCCUACUGACAACAUCAAGUUCAGUCUGUCCCAACCGCUACCAACAGGACUAGACAUCGAUGCGGCAACUGGAAUCAUCUCGGGGACGCCGGAGGUCUGCACGUCGACGCCAGCCAGUGACUUGCCUCCGAUGCCUCCUUGGAGUAUCUUGCUGCUGAUAGUCGAGAGCGCCAACGCACAAGACUCAAGUCAUCUCCAGCUUUCUAGGAAGUCUCAAGCCCGAGCUAGGGUCGAUGGCAGGGCGGAGAUAAACUUCUUGGUCGUUGAACCGCUGUCCGAGCUCAAGUAUGAAGUUCCGCACCUCGUGUUGAGACGCGGAGAGGAGAUGGAGCCCUUCAAGCUCCGGGGACAGAGAGGAACUCGUGCGAUGUACCGAGUAUCGCCCCCUCUUCCGCUUGGAAUGGAAAUCAAAACGUCAGAUGGAAGUAUCUUCGGCUGUCCGCGAGUUUCUCUUCCUCCGACCGCCUUCACAGUGAUUGGCAGCAAUCCGUUGGGGGCGAGAUCGACGAGUAUCAAACUUGAGGUCCAGAGCCGCCCGGAACAGGCUCAGUAUGCGUAUCAGCACAUGACGCUAACGGUCGGGGAUCCGAUCUCCUUGAGAUGUUUGAACCAUACGGGCGAAGACGACGAGAGAAGAUCAGAAACCUACCAUGUCUCCCCUCCGCUCCCUCCGGGGCUGAUCGUGGACCAGCAGACAGGGACUCUGUUUGGGACUCCCUACACUCCGACAGAGAGGGUAGCACAAGUGCGAUGGAAUUCCGGCUAUUCUCCUCACUUGACGAUCAUCGGCUCGCGAAUGAUUCACUCGGUGGUGCAUGAAAAUUUCGUGGAUCGAGCAGAGAAGAGCAUUUCAAUUGCAGUCUUUGAGAAGCCAGGCUCGCUUGUCGUCGAGCCGCCAGAGAUCCUUCUACGUGUGGGAGAAUGCAUGCGGCCAGUGUUUGUCUCUGCGAGAGGGACGGGGCUGCAGUUCCGCAUCUACCCGGCCCUCCCUCGUGGUAUUGUGAUGGACGAGACGACAGGGACGAUCUGUGGGAUUCCUGAGGAGGAUGUGACAGUGGGGAAGCCCUUCAUCAUCACUGCGUUCAACGAGACUGGAGAGGUUUCAGAGAAGUUCCGCCUCGGUGUGGUCAGCAUGCCACACAGCCUGUCGUACAAGUUUGACAAGGUUGUCUACUGCGUCGGAAGAAGUACUCUAUACCGCAGCAAGGACGCGUUCUACUCGCACAUCCGCAGGCAGUGGCAAGAGCUGCAGGUCAAGGCGGCAAAAGUUGUGCAGCGAUUCUUGCGGAGGAAGCAGCUCAAAAUCUACGUGAAGAAGGGGAGGAUGGGAGGAGAGGGAAGGGAAACAGAGAAAGGGAGGAGAGUGGAGAAGGAGGAGGUUGUGGUCGAUGGUGAAGAAAAGAGGAGGUACCAUCGAAGGAUGUACAAGAACUUCCUGAUGCUCAAGUUCAAGAGGUGGAAGGAGCAUUUCGACCGAGUGCUGGGGAUCAUCAAGAAGAUGCAGAAUCAGUGGAGGAUGAACACCAUGAAGAGGGGAACCCAGGGGGCUGGAGCAAGGAACUCGUUCGCCUUUGUCGCCCUCCUGGUCAAGAGCGCGUUGAAGUCUGACAUGACAGAGACCAGAUUCAUGAAGAAAUUUCUCCGAACUUAUAGGGUUUCCACCAUGAUGGGCAACAAGGACCUGUCUCCGCCGACCUGGAAGACUCUGGAGCACUUCAACUCCACCAAGGAGGAGGGCUCGCUGGUCCACUCCGAGCUGAGCUCCCAGCUGAGCUCUACCAUGACAAACCAGCAGAAGGCUCGGACCAACUACGUCCGAGACGUGGCGAAGCUGCUGGAGAUCGGGAAGAAGCAUCCUCCUCGUCUCCUGCUCAACCACAUGGGCUUCCAUGGUACCCGCGGCUGCGGCAAGGGAAACAUCGUGACCUACCUCAGGGGCGGAGGGCCCUGGAGCUUCGAGGUCGACCCUCCCCUCCCCGAGGGCCUCAAGCUAGACCCCAGCAACGGCUGCAUCAGCGGGUCUCCCCAGCAGCGAGUCCACCUGCACCCGACCUAUCAUCGCGUGACGGCCUCCAACCUGGUCGGCAGCGUCAGCAGGGAGAUCGCUAUUGAGAUCUUCGAGGUUCCCAUCGCCCCCGGCAUUCCCAACUUCGCCCACCCCCACUGGUUCCUUGGCAUCGGCCUACCUGCCGACAACCCGGUCCUGAAGCCCACCGGUACCCUCCCCCUCGCCUACCGCGCGCUCUCCGACCUCCCCGACGGCCUCCAGCUCAACCCCAAGACGGGCCGGAUCUCCGGCAAGGCCUACCGGUCCGAGGUCCGCCGGGUCCUGGUCGAAGUCUCCAACGACGCCGGCAUGGCAGUGGGGGAGCUGAGUAUCCACAUACAGGCUUGCCCUCAGCUGGUGGUCUACUGGGAGGGGAUGGAGAUCAACAGCGAGGAUCGAGAGUCCAAGAGCUCCAGCAGGUGCAUUACCUACGCCCUCGGGGUUCCGAUCCGGCCCAACCCGGUCUUCACCCGCCGCAAGCAGCACUCCCUCCGCCACAAGGUCCUCCGGCUCAAGACCAGGAGAGAGUUCCGCAAAGUUCUGUGGUGGCUCCUCAGCCGGCCCCUCUAUCACUUCAUCGCUCAGUUCAUGCCCCUCAGCGGCAGCGAGGUCGACUUCCACAUCGUCCCCUCCCUCCCUCCCGGCCUUCUCUUUGACAGCAGGACCGGCCUGAUCACUGGCACCCCGCAGGAGACCUCUCCUCCUACUGUCUACCUCAUCACCGCCCGCAACAGCGUCGGCGAGGCUUCAGCUGAGAUCCGAAUCGAAGUCCAGGAAGCCCCCAGCACGCCAGUCUACGACCUUCCUCGUUCUCAGCUCCACCGUCAGCCUCUCUUUCUCCUCGGCUACCUCAAGAGCGAAGAGAUUCACGUUCAUCCCCCGUUCCUCCGAGGCUCUCGCCCCCUGCUUUUCACCAUCCAGCCCGCGCUGCCGCUGGGGCUCAACCUCAACUCAGAGGACGGAAGCAUCCGCGGGAGGGUGACCAGCCUGUCGCCUGUCUGGCAGCACGAGUAUGUCCUGCAGGCUAAGAACGUGUCUGGGGCUGCUUCCUGCCGCCUCCGGCUCUACCCGCACGCUCGCCUGUAUGGCAGGGUGUUUGAUCUGAAUGUGCUGGAGGAAGAAGGAGGGUUUCUGCCGCAUGGUUGCUCGGAGGAGGAAGUCCAGCUGGUCCAGAGGAGGGUGUUCGCCUUCAAGGAGAUGGAGUCCACCAGGGACUUGCUGCACGAGGCUGACGAGGACGGGGGGACGUUCUCUCGCUGCUCCUCCUCGGAGUCAGUCAGCCUCCCGAUCGAGGUCGACACCCCCGACAGCCUCGUCCCGGACAGCAUCUACCUCAGAGGCCACAGGAGCAGCCUUCCCACCUCCCUCCCUUCUUUUGAAAAGUCGAACCGGCUGUCGUCCAAGUCAGCUGGGGAGGUGGUGAGGCUGGUGUUGGAGGGAAGCAGGAUUAGGACGGAUCGGAGCGGGUGGUUCCUUGCUCGGGUGCUGCCGGGCCUCUUCGCCUUUGCUGGCAGGGACAUGGCGAUUUCAUCGCACGUGCUGGAGAGGACGACGAAGAAAACGGGAGAGGAGCAACCAGGAUCAAGCAUCAAGGCGAUUCUCAGCUUGACCUGGUCGUGCUCGAGCUCGAAGAUCCUGCGGCUCUUUGUGCUUGCUCCCUGGGGUCAGACCUGCAGCCACGACUCCUCCUCCAUCCACCAUGCCGAGCAGAAAGGUCCGGGGGCUCGUUGCCCUGCUGGGGUCCUGCUGGGGUCUGACGGGCUAGCAGCUGUCAGGGUCGUCCAAGGAAGAGAUGAUCGCCUCCGAGGAGGACCUGUGAUAGCGAUGAUAUGUUGCGGAGAGGAAGGAGUUUUCAAGUGCCGGGUGUCUCUUUCCAGCAAGGCGGUGAAGAAGAAGAAACCGGACAUGCUUCACCCGGCCUGCGAUGCAGAGAAUCUUUAUGAAGCUGGCAUCGACAAGAAUCAGCAAGAUCCUGAUGAAAUAAACGACAUUGCUGAUCCUGCACUUCUGGUCGAGCUCAAUGUCUUCACGUCCUCGAGUGUCAGGACAUUCCGGCCGGGUACCGACGGCUUCUUCAGAGGAGGCGACUGGCAGGCGUGUACAUUCUCUUCUAGCACUGGACAAGCAGAACCUUUCUUUGACGGAGGAGCCCACCUGCUGGAGAUUGAAAUCAGCUUGUCGAACGAGGACCUGAAUGGAGCCUGGAAGAUCAUGGGGGUCGUCGUGAGGAGGAUGAGAAAUAUGGCGAUCGCAGAGGCGUUUCAUGGAUGGCAAGCGAGGGUGGACGAGAUUCAGCGAAUCAGAAGCAUCGGAAAGAAGAUCCUUCAAGGAUGGAUCCUUGCCUCACUCACCAAGUUCUUCUGGUUGUGGGAGGAUUAUCUCCUUGAAUGGUCUGACUACGUCGCCCAAGUCGUCGGUGAACGCCGAAGAGAAAUCUUUCGCAUUGAGAAUACCUUCUCCCGUGCUGCUAAGUUCCUCACCAUUGCACAAGGUCUCCGCGCAGGCAAGGUCAUGCAUCCAGAAGAAGACGAGUGCUACGAUGCAGUCGUGAUGGUCGCCUUUCCCGAGGAUUGGUACUCGGACAUGGCUCCACACAAGAGGACUUCGCGUAUUCCGAUCGGCGUCAACUUCCCUUCGAGCGGGGAGAUGGAUCAUGCGGAGAUGGAGAAGAUAACGGGCUAUGUCAUGGAGAGGAACAGGCUGAGGGGGAAGAAACAUGCAGAAGUUCUUCAGCUCAUCGCUGAGUCGAUCAAGAAGAGCAGCAAGACAGAGCGAGCAAGGGAUGAGUUCGACGUCGACCACCGCAGCACUCAGAGGAUGAUCUACCGGUCCUAUUCCCUCCUCCAAGAGGCCAAGAAGUCUGACAGCUCCGACCAUCUCGUCGUCCUCACACUAGAAAAGAAGCGGAGCUUCAUGUUGGAGAUGCAGGAUCAGCUACGAAGGCUCAUGGUCAGCACCAUUGAGGUAAGGAGGAAAGCGAGAUGGAUGGCCGAUCAGUUCAUAGUCAAGGCAGAGGAUCUCACGAGCGAGCAGGAGGAGAUGAUCAAAGAAAAGCUGUCAAGGGCCGCGGACUUGCUCAAGGAUGCGAGGAGGAGGAUCUUACAGGCGAACAUCCUCUACUCCCGUCCUGCCCUCGUCGCCCUUCGCGUCCGCUCCCUCGCUGCCAUCAUCAUCAUCGACACUUGGAGGAGGGUCAGAAAAGGCUCCUCCCCUGCUCGCCUCAUGUACGCCCGGCUCUUCUGUGCCAUGGAGGCGCUGGUAGCCAAGGAGUUUGCGCAGAGCAAGGCAGCUGCUGUCGUCCUGCUGGAGGAAGGAAGGGCCGAGCUGUACUCCGGGGGCUACGAGGAGGCGAAGGAGCGGCUGAGGAGGAGCAGGAUGAUCGUAGAGAAGAUCGGGGAGGAGACGCUGCUGAACGAUGAGCGAGAGGCUCUAAGAAUGUCGAUCGAGCUGGCGGAGGAGGCAAAUGCUCGGGGGGGCCGCCGGCUGGCGGAAGCAGCAGAGGCGAUGGACAGGAAGGAGCUGGGAAGCGCAAGAGAGCUGCUGGUCAGCGCGCACGCAGAGUUGAGCGCUGGCCACUCGGCCAACCGGAGGAGGAGGGAGGUAGAGGAGGCAGAAGUUCGGCUCUUGCUCAUGGAGGAAGGGAUUGUGCGUGAGGCGCUCGUGGCUCUCAACGGCGCUGCUGCUGCCCUGCUGGAGGGUGACCUCUCGCUUGCUCGAGAGAGCCUAGCGGAAGGUUGGGAGACGCUGGAGCAAGUGGGAGGGGUGGAGAGAGCCAAGGCAGAGCAGCGGAAGAAGGAGGUGGUCUUCCGAUACUUCUCUGUCAGCGGGAGGUACAUGCGGGAGGACGCGAUCAAGGAAGAGGAGGAGGCAGCGAUGAGCGCGGAGGAGAGGCGCACAUGGGAUGCUGCGAGGAGGAAUGACACGGAUCUCUUCUCCUCUGGCGAGGAAGACGUGGACGAGGAAGAAGCAAGAGAGAGUGAGGAGGAGGAAGGGCAGGAGGAGCAGGAGGAGCAGGAGGGCAGGAGGAGAAGGCCCGAACGCCUCUGGGACGAGGAAGGGAUCAGAGCAGCGCUGCGGAUGCUGGAAGAGGAAGAGACUCCUUUCUUUACGCUGAGAACUCUGAGCAAGAACAAGGUCGACGACUUCCUGCAAAUGAUCCGUUCCUGCGAGAUGGGACAGGAGCAAGUCCGGCAGAUGAGUUUGCAGGUGGACAGCGCCGUCAAAUGCUUCAUGUUUGAUCAGGCCCGUCAGGUGGCAGGCCGCGCGCUCGUCCUCUGCCGAUCCUCCUUUGCGCGAUCGUUCGAGCAGAAGCUGGCGAGGGUAGAGGAGCUGAUAGCAGGGAGAGUCGAGGAGACGAGGAGGAAGGGGCUGAACAAGCUCGACGCGGCGCUGAAGCUGCUGGGGUCGCUGAGGAUCGAACAGGGAGGGGACGACAAGAGCGGGGACGGAGGUGGCCUCCUCCUCAAGGGGAAGGGAGACGUGUGGAGCGCGCAGGGGGCAGCGCAGGAGGCAAGGUUCCUGCUGGCGUCAGUGGGGGAGGAGGAGAAGCUGAAGGAGCUGGAGGGACUGUCACAAAAGAUCCUCUCCAUCAUGCACUUUGACAAGAAGCAUGCAGCAAACAUCCCCGUCGACCUCAAGUACGAACAGGACGCCGUCAGCUGCCUGACCAACUCGGAGGUCAACGUCCCCUGCCCCCUCGUGAACGGGGAGCGAUGGGACUCGCAGCGUUGGAUGGAGGAGGAGGAGAAGCUGUCGUUCCGUGUACUCCCUGACCUCUGCGACGGCCUCUUCCUCGAUGCUCAUUCCGGUGCCAUUCACGGGGUACCCAAGGUCGAGUCAGACGGGCACUUCGAGGUCACUGUCGCCAACUCCCUUGGCUCAGCACGCACAAGGCUUCGCAUCCAUGUCGAGGCCGAUCCGCUCCUCAUCGCCAACAUGCGGGCCAACUUCACCGACCGCAUCGCCCUCCUCCGAGAGACCGACCCAGAGCGGGCGCAGGGAGAGGAGGUGGAGGAGCAGAGGAGGAGGCUGCACCGGUUCAAGCCUCCCUUUCCUCAGGGGUACCAGUUGCAGCAGUCGAUGAGGAGAUUGAAGGAGGAGAAGGAUACGUCGUUGAGCGAGGAGAGCUUGCUGAUAGAGAGGACGAGGCUGCAAGUAAUCUACGAGGGAUAUCGCCUUUGGUGA